CUGAAAAGUACAGUACUGAAGCAGGUCGAGCCACGGAGGGGAGAGAGGCAAGCAGGGUGGAAAUCCAGCUUGCAACACUUCCAUCUCUCUCAGCACCAAGGACAGAGCUUCUGAGCCGCUAACCCAAACAACGUUCAGUGGGGUCCCUCCCAGAGGCUCUAGGGAACACGGGUGCCUUGGCAAAGCAGCUAUGAAACAAGCAGUGAGAUCUGAUAGGAAAGCUGCAAGAGUAGUUCACAAGUAAUUUCCACCUCAGAGGCAAAACCAGGUGAUUUUCUUUCUGUAUGGAAAUGAUUCCAUAGUUUCUGUGUCCUGGGAAAGGCAAAGUUUGCUUUGCUUCCGUGUGUCUGCCAUCAGUAAAUGGCUUCAGGAACUGAGGUGCUAAACUCUACGGUCUCCAGACACCAGAAGAAAUUUUCAGGAAACAUUUUGGUGUCACAUUCCUCUGUCUGGGCUAUGGCACCUCUGAGCCAGAUAAGCAACCACAUCAACUCCACCUGUGGGGCAGAGAAUAUCACAGGUGCCAACCGGGCCCGUCCACAUGCCUACUAUGCCCUGUCCUACUGUGCACUCAUCUUAGCUAUCAUCUUUGGCAAUGCUCUGGUAUGUGCAGCUGUGCUGAGGGAGCGUGCCCUACAGACCACCACCAACUACCUGGUGGUGAGCCUGGCUGUUGCAGACCUGCUGGUGGCCACGUUGGUGAUGCCUUGGGUAGUGUACCUGGAGGUGACAGGUGGAGUCUGGAAUUUCAGCCGCAUUUGCUGUGAUGUUUUUGUCACCCUGGAUGUCAUGAUGUGUACAGCCAGCAUCCUGAACCUCUGUGCCAUCAGCAUAGACAGGUACACAGCAGUGGUCAUGCCAGUCCAGUAUCAGCAUGGCACCGGACAGAGCUCCUGUCGGCGUGUGACACUCAUGAUUACAGCCGUGUGGGUGCUGGCCUUUGCUGUAUCCUGCCCUCUUCUUUUUGGCUUCAACACAACAGGGGACCCCAGCAUCUGCUCCAUCUCCAACCCUGAUUUUGUCAUCUACUCUUCAGUGGUGUCCUUCUACGUUCCCUUCGGAGUGACUGUCCUGGUCUACGCCAGGAUCUACAUGGUGCUGAGACAAAGGAGACGGAAACGGAUCCUCACUCGACAGAACAGUCAGUGUGUUAGCAUCAGACCUGGAUUCCCGCAGCAGUCUUCCUGUCUGCGGCUGCAUCCCAUUCGGCAGUUUUCAAUAAGGGCCAGGUUUCUGUCAGAUGCCACGGGACAAAUGGAGCACAUAGAAGACAAAAACUAUCCCCAGAAAUGCCAGGACCCUCUUUUGUCACACCUGCAGCCCCUAUCUCCUGGCCAGACACAUGGGGAGCUGAAGCGCUACUACAGCAUCUGCCAAGACACUGCCUUGAGGCACCCGAGCUUCCAAGGAGGAGGAGGAGGGAUGAGUCGAGUGGAGAGGACUCGGAACUCCUUGAGCCCCACCAUGGCACCCAAGCUCAGCUUAGAGGUUCGAAAACUCAGCAAUGGCAGGUUAUCCACAUCCCUAAAGCUGGGGCCCCUGCAACCUAGGGGAGUGCCACUUCGAGAGAAGAAGGCCACCCAGAUGGUGGCCAUUGUGCUUGGAGCCUUCAUUGUCUGCUGGCUGCCCUUCUUCCUGACCCAUGUUCUUAAUACUCACUGCCAGGCAUGCCAUGUGUCCCCAGAGCUUUACAGAGCCACAACAUGGCUAGGCUAUGUCAACAGUGCCCUUAACCCUGUGAUCUACACCACCUUCAACGUGGAGUUCCGCAAAGCCUUUCUCAAGAUCCUGUCCUGCUGAAGAGGAGAAGAGGCCACACCCCUCUACCCACUUCAAGAUGCCGGGCAGUUUGGACUCCUGCGCACCAGGGUCUGCGCGGAAUGCCUACACUUUGCUCUGGCACGAGUGGUGUGAAGAUUCGUGAGGCAGGACAAACAGCCCUGGCUAGGAAUAACCAACUGUUUACUCCACAAUAGAAUGGUCUACCUCCCCAGCUUACAUCUGACUUCAUUCUGCCAGUCUUCAAGUUGCUAAGUGCUAGGCAAUAACUCAGAAGUUGACCAAAAAAAAAAUCGUUCAGGACACACACACAGAAUUGUCAUUGGAGACUGGAGACAUGAUGCACUGGAGUGAAAGAAAAAUGAACAGGUCUUGGAAGUCUCACUCUGCCAGGGGUCCUGGAAAUCACAGCCAGGAAGCCGUCUUGUAGACAGUCGUUUCUCUUCUUUCAGACCUGUAAUUAACUGUCAGCGCAGUUAACCUUGAGCAUCCAUGGGGCCGUUUGUUCAUUUUCCUUCAUUCUAUCCCGAACCACGAAAGGCAAGGCCAAUGUUUAUACCUUUCUGUAGGAUGGAACCGGCUGCAUUUGGUGAGGAUCUGCUCAGCCCAGAGCAGACACUGUCCCACAUUGGGACUUGGGUUUUGUUUCGACCCUUAGUGCCCUUACAUGUUAGCUCUGGCUAGCGGGGGUCCUUAGCUUUACUCCCGACUUACUAAGACAAUGUUAGUGUCUUGAUUUCCAGAAUCAUUCAAGACAACACAGUUAAGUGAAGAAGAUUAAGCCAGUUUCCUCUGCAGUGCCAUGGCUGAACUUCGUGCUUAGAAAGUGCCUCCAUAUGCUAUCAUUAGAAGGUUUUCCUAGCCAGGAACUUCCAUCUGCUUAACCAAGGCCCAAAACUUUCAGACAUUGAUAUCCACCAAGUGUUUGGAAAGUGCCAGGCGCCUCUCAGGUUCUGAAUGGGGAACAGUGACUGAGGUAGGGCUGUCCUCAAAGACUUUUGUCUCCCCUUGCCGUUAUGUCUGCCCACAUGGGUGGUAGACUUGCCUCGACUUGCAAAAGGCCUCAGAACUGAGGGUACUGGGGGAGGGCCAGUUCAUCACAUGAUAAUCUUUAUAAAAGCCUCGUCAGAUCCUAAACAUCACCAUUGCAAUGACUGGGUUCAGAGCAAAACAAACACUGGGCGUGGUGACUAAAGAGAGAAAAAAAACCAUCAGAAAUAAUCCGUAAAUGUCAUUCAAAAUUGCAUUUAGAAGGAGCUACAGCAUAUACAUCAUUUACCUCCUCACCUACAGAAGCUAUUUUUUUUUAUUGAUUUCAGAAUCAAGAUCAAAUUUAUGGAUAAUUUAUGAAAUGCUGUCAGCUUGAACUUCAAUAAAUUUACCUUUAAGAGCAUUAGUAUAUAGCAUGACAGGUAGUAGUUGGCACGCUGCUAAAAUGUUAAAGGAGUCCAAGAACUUCACAAAGAACCCAAGGCCUCACCUGCCCCAUCCUUAUCCGUCUGACCCUGAGUUAGUUGUCUGAUAGUCCUGAAUGGUUUGGUUCCAGCACUUAAAGGUGUUAUUAUCUGUAAUAGUUGGUAUUGUAACACAGUGUGAAAACCCAAAUCCUCUCCGCCCACUUCAACUUAGUGCUAUAGGUUUUUAUUACAAGCAAGCUGAGUCAGUCCUGGACAACUAAAUCCACAAAAGUAAAAGUUUAUGAUUUCUAGAUUUCCCCAUUUAAAAAAACAAAUAAAAACAGAUGAGCCUGUGGGGUAAAAUAUUAUAGAAUUCUGUGUGAAAACAACCAGAAUCUGGGGGCAGAAACACGAACACUAUACCAAUCCCUUUGUGAAGAAGAAUGACAGCAAAUAUUUUUUAUUCUGUUUCAUUUUAUUUUAUGCAUGUAUGUAUGUGUACCACAUGCGU